CAAAUCCAGCUAGAUGUACAGGCUAUACCUGAAGAUGGUCAUUUUUGGACCUGGGGCAGCUUAUGCCGCUUACACCGCCAGCUGAGCCUGGUAAACGGCUUAAAAACACCUGGAAGCAAAAAUGAACUGGGGAUCCUUUUAUGCUGUGAUCAGCGGCGUAAACAGGCAUUCUACUGGCAUUGGGCGGAUUUGGCUCUCCGUCAUCUUUAUUUUCCGUAUCCUGGUCCUGGUGGUUGCUGCCGAGAGUGUUUGGGGAGAUGAAAAGUCGGGCUUUACCUGCAACACCCAGCAGCCUGGAUGCAACAGCGUCUGCUAUGACCAGUUCUUUCCCAUCUCUCACAUCCGUCUUUGGGCGCUCCAGCUCAUUCUAGUCUCCACCCCCGCCCUGCUGGUGGCCAUGCAUGUGGCGCACCGACGCCACAUUGACAAGAAGAUCCUGAAGAGGACAGGCCGUGGCAGCCCUAAGGAACUAGAGCUCAUCAAGAACCAGAAGUUCCGGAUCGUGGGAGCUCUGUGGUGGACAUACAUGAUCAGCAUUAUCUUCAGAAUUAUCUUUGAGGUGGCCUUCCUCUACAUCUUCUACUUGAUCUAUCCUGACUUUAAAAUGGUGCGUCUGGUGAAAUGUGAUUCCUACCCAUGCCCCAACACAGUGGAUUGUUUUGUCUCCAGACCCACUGAGAAGACCAUAUUCACUGUGUUCAUGCUCGCAGUGUCUGGGGUGUGUGUGCUGCUCAACCUGGCUGAGGUGAUAUACCUCAUAGGCCGGGCCUGCAUACGGUGCUUACACGGCUCUGAGGAGGAGUCCAAAGUGGCUUGGAUAACUCAGAGGUUGUCUUCCUACAAGCAGAAUGAGAUCAAUCAGCUGAUAGCAGACCAUUCUCUCAAAUCUAAGUUCACUGUGACCAAAAAAAGCCCAGCUGAGAGAAACGAGAGGUGUUCUGCUUUCUGAGACACUGACUUUUCCAUUUUGGGUGAAACUAAUCCAACAGUCAUGUCCACGGAGCAUGCUGUCAUACCGUCGCUCUUCAUUAAUUUUAGAUAUACUGUAUAUUUGCUCAAUUUGGAUGUAUUUAUACCUUUUGCUCAUUAUGAAUUCAUGUGCCAUUCAGUCAUUUGUUAGUUGAUUCGUUCAUCUUUACUUUUAUUCUACUGACCCAACCAGUACUUGCUAUUGGAAAUUGUUUGAAAGAAAUUGAAUUUGAAGUUGGGUUGAUAAAGGGAAGAGUCUUGAACAAAUGUGACAUGCUGGACGGAAAGGGGAACUUUUGCAUUGUGAUCCGAAAGCGUCACAAGUAGCUCACAAAUUAUAUUCCCGUCCAUGAUCAAAUCGGGUGCAAAGCGGAGAAACAGUUUAUUG